AUGCAUAAAUCACUCGCUUCAGUCCAUUCCUUCUCCUUCAUGGCUCUCCUCUUUCUCCCACUUUUUUUCAUCCUCUUUGUCCCCUCAACCAAUGCCGGUUCUUGGCCACCCUCUCCGGGUUAUUACCCGAGUUCCAAGUUCAGGUCCAUGAGCUUUUAUAAGGGAUACAGAAACUUAUGGGGUCCGGAUCAUCAGAAUGUAGACAACAAUGGCAUUACUAUUUGGCUUGACAGAACCUCAGGAAGUGGGUUCAAGUCGGUUAAACCAUUUCGAUCCGGGUACUUUAGCGCAUCCAUCAAGCUCCAACCUGGUUAUACUGCUGGAGUGAUUACAGCUUUCUAUCUUUCGAACAAUGAAGCUCAUCCAGGAUAUCACGAUGAAGUGGAUAUCGAGUUUCUUGGAACAACGUUUGGGAAACCUUACACUUUGCAAACCAAUGUGUAUAUCCGAGGAAGUGGGGAUGGUAGAAUUAUUGGGAGAGAGAUGAAAUUUCACUUAUGGUUCGAUCCGACCAAAAAUUUCCAUCACUAUGCCAUUUUGUGGAGUCCCAAGGAAAUCAUAUUCUUCGUUGACGAUGUGCCCAUAAGAAGGUAUCCAAGAAAAAGUGUUGCAACAUUUCCUCUAAGACCAAUGUGGGUAUAUGGAUCGAUAUGGGAUGCUUCAUCAUGGGCAACUGAAGAUGGUAAAUACAAAGCCGAUUAUAGAUACCAACCAUUCAUUGGAAAAUUCACUAACUUCAAAGCAAGUGGCUGCACAGCCUAUGCUCCACGCCGGUGCCACCCAGUCUCUGCCUCUCCAUUUCGCUCCGGUGGCCUUACUGGACAACAAUACAGAGUAAUGCAAUGGGUUCAAAGUCACUACUUAGUAUAUAACUAUUGCAAGGACUAUAAAAGAGACCAUUCUCUGACACCGGAAUGCUGGCGUUAA